CAAGACUUUCUAUAACGCUCAAAUGCACUGUUAUUUUAAAAUCAAGUAUGAUCGCAUUCCUUUUUCAUACGCUUAUCAUGAUAACUAUAUAUUUAACACAAUGACAUUUCUCAUGCAGACACUCGAAUCUCCAAGGGAAAUCACUCGUAUAAAUUCAGCAUCAACAUUCCAUCCGGGAGUUUGCCCUCAUCCUUCCACGGGGCUCAUGGUAGGAUCGUCUACAGACUGGAAACCAAGCUUUCAAGGAGUUGGGGGUUGGACAGCAAUGUAAAACAGGAGAUCAACUUUGCAUCGAAGGCCAUUUCAAGCCUCCUGAUGACCCGCCAGGUUGGCCAAGUGGAUAAAGACAUAGGAAUCUUCUCCAAAAGAUCCGUACACAUGGAGGUGUUUGUGGAGAGCGGAGUCUACUCCCCGGGUCAAACUGUGGCAGUUAUUGUUAAAGUCAAAAACACAUCCUCAAAAGACAUGACCCCCAAGUUCUCUUUGAAUCAGUAUGUUAAGUACUGUGCGCAAGGCUUUACAAAGUUUGAUUGUCAUGAAAUCUGUAAGUUAGUUGGGGAGGUUAUUGAGAAGAAAAGUGAAAAAACAGUCACUUGUGCAUUGAAGAUCCCUCCUGACACGAUCCUAUCCAUCCAGAACUGUGAAAUCCUUUCAGUUAAAUACAAUUUUAAGGUGUACUUGGACAUCAGCUUUGCCACAGACCCAGAGAUCAAUUUUCCACUGGUCAUUGCCCGUUCCGGCUUCAUGUUAAACCCAGGGCCCGGGGGAAUGAACCAGCCGUACCCCCCUGUAGCAUACGGGGGCCCAAGCAACAGCGACUUCCCUCCCCCCGCCGCCUGCUCUCAGCCAGCUCCGCAUCAGCAGGCCUAGGGUCCCUCAGCAGGGACCCUAGGCCUGCUGAGCGACCAUAGGCUGAGGGACCAUAAGCCCCUCAGCCUAUGGUCCCUUCUUGGGGUGCUUUGGCCGCUCAGCAGCCUUCGGGCACCUAGCAGCCUUCUGGCCCCAAGCAGCCUCCAGGCCCCCAGCAGACUCCGGGGCCCCAGCAGCCUGGGGCCCGGGCCCCGCUGCGCCUGGUGCCAUGGGAGCAGCUUGCUACCAGCCCGUGCCACACAACAAGUGUCCGUAUGGACCCCCGGUCCAGCCCUCAGCGCACCCCCCAGUGCUCCACCCUCCUCCUCCGCCGGCGGCUCCGGGGGCUCUGCCCUCUGCGCCGACGUUCGACCCCGACCAGUACGCCCCGCCGUUGUUGGCCUCCUGCUACAACGGCCCCACGUUUAGCAUUUCGCCGCCAAUCCCGGGAUGGGCACCGAUUUUCUAUCCCCGCAAUAUGAAGAACCUCCUUCGUAUCUGUCUAUGUUCCCCCCGGCAACCAACGAUAAACCGCCAAAAUAAUUGAACAGAAAGCGCUGAUGAUUCAUUGUCGUGGUUUUCGAAACAUGGAAACGCGCCAUGGGAUAAAUGUAUAUGUAUAUAUAUACACCUCAAUAUGCAACCUACGGUUCAUUAAUUUUAAGCAUAUAUACACAUAUGCUAUGAAGAGCUUUAUUCAAUGUCUAAAAUGGGGAAGUUUAAAGGCCUUUGGUAUUUUGUGGUUUCCUCUCAGGGCUCAACCAUGGCCAGUGAUGUCAUUCAAACACACCUGGUUGCAUGUGGUCUACAACUGCAGUAGUGUGACCACAAUAUCCCUUCAAUGGACCAUUUUAUAUUGAAGACUUUAUUCAGCCAUGCAUGUAUGGCAGAAAUGUGUGACACAUUUGAAAAUAUAAGAAUUUUUAUUAUUAUACACUAUACGUAUGAAUAAAGUAUGAUCAGUAUCAUGCCUACAAGCUGAAAGGGUGGAAAAACAGUUGGACGUACUAAAGUUAAUCGUUCGUUUUAAAUAAUCCUGUAUCGUCUACAUUUCCUGUUCUCUUCUCUACCUUUCGUAUGAGCCUGCUUAAAUAUAUUGUUAUUCUUUGUAUGUUUCUCUGACAUGCAUUUAAAAUAACCUUGCCAAAUGUAGCUAGAUGUCUGGACACUUUUGCUUGCUCUUUGCUGCUAAUCAAUGAAGUGUAUUUUUAGAAUAAUUGUACCAAUAAAAAAUACAAUAAAAAACGACUUCUGUAACUUACAUAUCCAGAUGUACUAUGGAUC